AUGACCAUAACGGCUCCGAUUCAGCUUCUUUUUGAGGCAAUUGAUAUGUGUGUGUCCGUAGAAACCAGGACAGGUAGCAUAUAUGAAGGAAAGCUUGUGUCUGUAGAACCAACGCUUUCGGUUACUAUUUCGAACUGCACAAUAACACACCCUACGGGUCAAAAGGAAACAGCACAAACGGUUAUGCUGAGAGGAUCUGAAGUUCGGUUUGUGUCUGUUCCUAAUGCCCUCGUAGACUCUCCGGUAUUGAAGCAGGGAAAUCGCAAAAUUUAA